AGUAGUGACGGUGACAGUCUCAAUCGACGUGUUACGAACGUCGACUGAUGUCGCUCGUAGAGAAAUACUAGUCGUGUGACCGGAGACUGCUCCGUUUCAUUGAUUCUCUUGUAUUCGUCUUGCGGAUCGUUUCGCUUUACUCAACAGCGGUUUUUAAAGAAUCUCGAAAACAACGAUGACGACGAUAAGAGUAGCGCAAGUACUGUGCGUGUGGUCGUUCCACUAAUGCACUCACAUUAUUCCUGUGCGUGAUUCCUCUAGAAAUUGAGGAAAGCCUUCGAAGGAAUCGAUUUCGUAUUAGUAACGGCGGUCGUGGGUAGUAACAGACCGAUCGCGGAGUUGUGUUGCGUGCGUUGGUGUCUUCUCAGCAUUCGUCACGCGAAAUCGAUAAACGGGGACGUCGCGAAAGGGAGAAAGAGAGAAAGGGAGAGAGAAGUGAUCGCUUACACGCGCUACAUUACAAUUCGCGUCGUGAAAGAGAGAGGUGCUAAACGAGGGGAGAGAGAGAGAGAGAGAGAGAGAGAGAGAGAGAGAGAGAGAGAGAGAGAGAGAGAGAGAGAGAGAGAGAGAGAGAGAGAGAGAGAGAGAGAGAGAGAGAGAAAGAGCGCGCAGAGGCGUUCGGGGAUAAUCACAGGAAACGUGAAUGACAGCAACUGUGGUUGAACUCGACUAAUCGGGAAUCUUCACGUCUCGCUUCUCCGCCGCGGAAUUCGUCUCGCAAAGAGCAACGACGUUUCGGCGGUCGGUGUCGUACGAAUUCUACUAGUCCUCCUUUGUACUGUGUGAAAUAGGAAUUACUUCGUAUCUGUCCUCGCUUCGGAUUGCUGCGUCUCGCGAUUACCUCAAUUUCAAUGGAACGUCGUGGCCGCGUAGCGACGUAUCGUAGUAACCUUGAGACACCGUCAAGGUAACCUGGAUCUUCCGCGAGCAGCCGUUGGUCCUCGGCUUUGUGUACUCGCCACAUCGGAGAAUAUCAUUAAAGGUGCGAGCGGUGCAAUUAUCCACGAGAUGAAAAAAAGUUCCAGCAUGCCUCGAUCGAUAGGCGCACGGCUUUUGCCGGACUGACUUCUUCGCGCACACAACGUGAAAGCAAAUGUGCGUCGUAUUUAUCAAAAGAAGCACGUGCACCACUUUGACGACGACGACGACGAUGACGAUGGUUUAACGCAGCAUUGGUAGCCUGGUGAUCGAUCGCGGCAACAGAAGAGAGACACCCGAGUUAAAGCAUGUGAUCUUUGCGAGGUUCAUCGAUUAUCACGCCGCCGCGCCAAGGGAGGGAUGUUACGGCCGCACAUCGGCAGGAUUACUUAACGUUGGCCGGUCCAUGCCUGCCCGAUACGGCUAACGUCAAUGGCCGCGCCACCGAUGCAAACACGACGACGGGGUUGUCGAACGACGAUGAGCGAUAGCGGCAACGUAUAGACAGGUGGAAUAUCAUUGACCGCACGAGAAAGUGUAUACGCGCAUUGCUGCCGUGGGAAUACAAGCGCGAGGGAUAGGUAAGAAGCCACAGCACAGGUGGCGGUAAUAAGAACGGACAACGAACAGUGAAAGAAAGGGAGAGUCAAAGAGGAAGAAAGAUAAAGGUAUAGAGUUUACCGUAUUGUUCCGAGGAGCGAGACCUGUAAGGAAAGAUCUAGAAUGAAAGAAUGUCAGUAUAAGUGAAUGACACAGAGAAGGAGGAACGUAAUAGAGAAACGUAAAUAGAGAGAGAGAGAGAGAGAGAGAGAGAGAGAGAGAGAAACUAAUAUAUAUAUAUAUAUAUAGAAAGAGAGAGAGAGAGGGGGGAAGGGGGGAGCAAACGAAAAGAAGCCUUGAUAAUGAAGGAACACGGCAACAAACAACAUCCGGCGGAACCGGCGACGAAAGCGCUCAAGUCGCUGUUGAAGAAACCGGGCCAGACUAAAGCGAAAUCGCAAAAGCAUCGCGUGGUGAUUAACGAGAAGCUGAAUGAGUUCUUUGCGGCGGACUACAUUAUACUGAUUAAGGAGGAGUGCUGUGCCGAUUAUGAGGAGGAUUGCGAUUGCUGCUAUCAGGAGCAUGAGUUUAUGCGGCUGGGCAACUGCAAAGAGUGCCGAGCGGAAUUAAAUUUGCAUUUCGGCAUCGGCACCGGCACCGGCACCGGCACCGGCACCGGCACCAGUAACGGCAGAUACGGCGAGAUGGCAAGGGGUGUAGAGCAGGCGCUCUGUGAGAAUGUCGUGCGAGAUCACUGCGGUGGCGGAUCGCGUGAAAAAAGUCAGCAGGGUCGAGAGGACACGCAUAUGGAGGAGGAAGAAGACGAAGAGGAGGGAGAUGACGGUGAAGAGGAAGAGGACGAGGAGGACGAGCGGGAAGACGAGGAGGAAAACGAGGAGGAGAAUGUUGACGGGAAGCGGGAAAAGGUGGUGUUGGCGGCCGCGGUGACGACGGUGGAAGGAAAGGACACGAAUGAGCGAGGGAAUGUGGACGCGGAGGACGCGACGAAGGGACGCCGGCAGAAGGAAACGGCUGCGGAUUCCCAGAAGAGCGAAACCGUGGUUCCGUCGCCGCCGCGGCACGAUCAGCAGCAGGAAACGCUCAGCCCGCCAGAGGGUUACAAAGACGUGUGCUCGAACAGCGAAAUCACGAACGAAACGGAGCAGCGUGGCCGCGCGUCCAGCACGUCGUGCACGGAGUGCAAUUACUAUCAGCAACAAGCAGCGGAAUGUGAAUUGCAAGCAAAGGAUCGUGGGAAUGAACAAGAUAUGCAGGGUAGCACAAACACGAUGCACGACAGUAGUCAAAGGAAUUUGCAAGAAAAACUGGAUAAACAACAUCGGGCAUCUCUUCCCGAUCUACACCAUCGUUAUCUUGUGGAAACAAUAACGAUGACAACUGUCACGGAACGACGCAUUGUACGGGAAAUUAGCGAGAAGGAGCGGAAAGAUUGUUUCGGGAGAUCCGAUACGGAUAAAGAUAAAAGCGUUUGUGAUACCUCAAAGGAUAACGGAUUUAAUCCGAAGCUUUGUCUUGGGACAGAUGAGCCGAUGUCAAUUGUCCACGAGAAUGCGACGCAGUUUACCACACGGUGUAAUGAUUCGGACGUCACAGAGGAUCGUGACAGUAAUGCAAACGCCAAAAAUUUGCCAAGCAACGACAAAAGAGUAGCAACGACGGCGGAAGCAGAACGCAUCAAUGAUCAAACGACAUCGGGCGAGCAGCCAUGCGAGCAGGACGCGAAAGAGCUGUCUCUUGUUUUCAAACUAGGUAACGUGUCUCUCGCCAAUAAUAGCUUGAAACCAAAUUCCGCGGUGAGACAACUCUUUCCCAACCCAAAAUUCAUCUCGCCACCGCCGGCUAAAGCGAGCUCUUCGACCUGCCCAGAACACUCUCCGGACGAAGCGCAGAAAUUUCUGAUUACCACCGAGAGUCUGCGGCUAUUUGACGCAGUUAAGAAAUCGACUGUCCCUGGUAACUCCUACGAGUCACCAGAGUGUGAUUCCAACUCAAUUAAGAGAUCCAUCGAGCGAAAUACUUUGCGACGGAGUCUGAUCGGCAAGUAUAACACAAUAACGCGCAAAAAGAAUCUGCGGCCCAAAAAUCUAUCGUUGGAGGAGCGAAUUAGACAACUCACGUGCAUCGAUCAAGAAGACGAAAACCUAGACACGACCGACAGUUCUGACAAUACAAAUUCAACAAGCGACGCCAAAUACAGUGGUGAUCUCUCUAUACGAACAUCACCAUUAGGUGAGGAACGGCCUAUGUGCGAGUCAUUACCGGCGAACGUGGCUUCGACAGAAGCCACUGCCAUUUUAACGAUGGAGUCGACGAGAUCGAAUUCCACGGUAUCAACGAUGACGACGGCGGCGGCGACAGCAAUGGAAACAAUAGAGAACACACACGGACAUAAUACGAUGGGAAUGUCGAUGAUGCAGUUGGUGACGGACAAUCCGCCAAAUCAGUCCACCUAUAGGAAGAUCACGGACCUGUUUGCACAUAAAAAAAACAUCCAAUCAAAUCUUCCUGAUCUUGGGAUAGGUCCAGGUGGGAGAAAUCUUGUUAAAGAGUGUCAGUCCAAAAAUCCGACGAAGAUGAACUCGGAUGUACGAAAGCAAUUAUUAGCGAGUUUGGCGCCUCUAUCCUGUGUUACAGUUAACAAUCCCGACAACCAGGAUGACUAUUAUCGGAACGAUUCCAGGAUGUUAGCUUCUUUGAAACGAGAGUCGAUAAGUUGCAACUCGGACUCAUCGUACAGUUUAGAUGACAUAGAAGCGGCUCUAAACGGCGAGGAUAGAAAGCAUGCCGGUCAACCGGAUGUAACGAGAUGCACACCGAUAGGCAGCAGACCCGACAUCGGCGAUAACACCGCUGACGAGUUACUUGCAUUUGUUGAACAGGACAAGUUGAGGAUGGAGCGAAUUAAACGCCGCUACAAUGAAUCGGAGGACCGUUACACGUUUAUUAAUGGCUACCAUUCCGAGGACAAGGCUGUGAAUACGUUAUCUGAGAAUUACGAUAACAAGAGUGUCAAGAAUCAUGACAAGGAUGCGCAGGCGGGCAACGAGGAAGAAGAGGACGACGAUGAGCUCAAUGAUUAUGGAUUCAAUCGACGACCGUCAGUGACAGGUAUCAAGCAACAGUACGAAGCUACCAACGAAAUCAUCCGUCGGACGCGAUCUUGCACUGUUGCCGGUGCGGCUAAUGAUGCGAGAUCCAGCUCACUGUGGCCAAUGUACUGCGACGUGAACGGCGACAAGAUCGAUGCAAAGUCUCUAUUAACCACCGAUGGAGGGGACGAGUCGAUCUCCGUACCCGCAGAUGCAUACACUUCCAUGGGGAGUUUCGAGCGAGAUACAAACACGAUCAAUCGCAUAAAUACAAUGCAGAAACAGAUCGAUGACAUAUAUCAGACUAUCGCCGAGAGUACGGCGGUAACGGCGAACAUUCAGGAUAUCUCUGAGCAAACAACUUAUUUAGAGAACGCGAUACCGCGACAGUUUGUCAGAACACCGUCUGGUGAUGGCGCCGCACACUUGUACGCCGAACACAGAAACGGUCAUCAUUAUUUUCAAGAGCAACAGCAGAUCUCGAGCACGCGCAUGCUGCGUAUCGCGGGUGGUGGUGGCGGUGGAACCGGCAGUGGCGAUGACAUCACGGGUGCGAUAUAUACCAACAGUUUGUCAAAAAUGCAACGUCGUAAUCCACCGGUGACCAUUGCGAACUAUCACUGCAACGUGUUGCCUGGUUCUGUGCCCGCCGUCAGCACAAAGUGCUAUCGUACUAUGUACUUUGUGCCCUACAACGGUAUGUCGGACCCCACGUAUCAGAACAUACAGCGCAUCCUUCCACCACAUUCCUCCCCGAACUACGCCAGUCACAUCGAACGAUAUCCGUAUCCUCGUCUAAACAAAACUAAUCAGCAACAGGCAUUGUAUUAUAACGCGAAUCGUUCCACUCCAUCGCAUUCCAAUUUAAAUACGUCACCGCUCAUCCCGUCCUCGUCUUCGCCACCACCGCCACUUGUAUCCGUCUCCAGUCCGAAUUCAAUACCGUUGCAGAAUGCCCAGCAGGCCUUGCACUUGCACAUACAUCCCCAUCAGACUGAAGACUUCCGGUCGCCUAACGUCGCAUUUUCUCCCGUGCCUCAUUCGACACUGCAUCCAAUGCAGUUCCACCAUCAUCAGCAUCAGCAUCAGCACCAUCAGCAUCAUCACGGUGAAAUGGCUUCGUAUCGCGUGCCCAUGGCGAUGCAGCAGUCGCCACCCUCAUACGCGGUAAUUGCACCUUCAAGAUGUAUUCCGGCGAGUAACCAGGAUGGCUAUCCGUUAUAUCCGGCACAGCUGGUACGAGGCGCUGUUGCUGCCGGUACCGCCGGUACAGUCGCAUCUGCCGCCGCUAUCGCCACGGACGUUCAAACGCAAACAAUUUCCAUUGCGGCCACUUCAACGUUCUCGUCAUCGUCAUCUUCAUCAUCUUCUUCCUCAUCUUCGUCAUCGUCCUCGGCAUCUGCGUCUGCGUUGUCAUCAUCUUCGUCUUCGUCCACGUCGGCCACCAUCAAUGCUUCUUUAAAAUGUACCGGGAUCAUUAAUAACAACCAGAGCUGCGAACCGAUUUUGGGAACAUCCUAUGGAGGCAGUAAUGCACAAUCCGUAUCGGGGAGCGUUACUCCGCUCGCGUGCCCGGCAUCAUCAUCGGUAACGGUAAUGCAGCUACCGCGCGCCAUCAACACAUGUGCGGUGACAGAACGCGGAGUUCCUGAAGGUGCCGCCAGCGUGCCUAUCCAAGACUUUCCACAGUCGACUCUCGAGCCGGUAAACUCGGCGCCGCAUGUCUUACUAAUGUCCAAUUCUUAUGUCGAUCCUAAUGCCAGUCUUAUGUCCGCCCAGGCUAAUACUUCGAACACGGUAUACUACGCUAUGAAUGUCUGAAGACCAUGAGAAACAAGUAGCUGCGAAAAACGUCCAAAAAAA